UAUAUAUAUAUAUAUAUAUUAGAGUAUCUUUAAAAUCAGAGAACAUUAGUGUAAGCUUUUGCCAAAGAUAGCACCAAAUUUCAGGCAUGGGGUUGUAAUAGAAGAAAUGUAAAAAUGCUUAGCAGCUGCUAUGUGAUUGUUUCAACUUUGAAAUAUCUACACUUUGUUUGUAGUUUAUUGUUGUGCUUGGAAGAUGUUAGGUUAUCGCAUUGGUUUGGUUCUUGGGUUUAUGUUGUUUCGAUAAAAGUGUGGACCUUUGCAAAAUUUUGAAUAUUUGGUCAGCAUAAUGAUGAUCUUUUUCUUUACUGCUAUUAUUGUGUUACUAGACUUGGUGAGUAGAAUAGAAUUUCUGGUGGUUAAGUGAUAAAUGAGUGAGUAAAUUUUGUUUGACAUAUCGACUUUCAUGUAAUGAGUUACACGUUCUAGCUACUGAAAAUGCAUUUUCAUAGCCUUGCAUCCUUUGGAUAUGUUUUAUGGGAUCUGUUGGAAAUACAAAUCCAUGGGCACCUUAUGAUAGUUAUAAAGAUUGUUCACAAGGGAAUUGUAAUGUGUAUUGUCCACAAUGGUGUUACUUUCUUUUACCUCCUCCUCCUCCUGAUGAUGAUGAUUCAUCAGAUGAUUCUGCCACAGCUUUCUCCCUUCUUAUCAUAGCGAUCAUCGGUAUAUUAGCAAGUGCUCUCCUUCUUGUUAGCUACUAUACCAUCAUCAAUAAGUAUUGCAGGAGAAGGAGAAGCAAAAAUGCAGCCACAGAGAUAGAAGCCAAUCGAAACGGGAUGCCUCAAGAUCAGUGGCAACUUGCUAUUGCUGGAUUGGAUGAGAGUACAAUUAAGGCUAUUACAGUGUGCAAGUUCAAGAAAGGUGAAGGAUUGGUUGAGGACACUGAAUGUGCCUAAUUGCCCUCUUUGUAGGGCUAAUGUAGUAUCUUGUUGCUGCUAAUGUUCUUACUGCUCUUAACUGAAUAGUGUAUCUCUGUUCACACUUCCUGGACAAACUUCUCAUGACAAUUAAAAUGUAGCUAUAUCUUCUUUUUUGGGUUGAACAUAGUUUAUUAAUUGCAGCUCUAUCAGUGUUCCUAUCAAACUUUAGUUUAACUUUUGAGCUUUCCGUCCGUGCUUCUUCCAAUAUGAUUAGUUGCAUCCUUUGUAAGUUUCUUCCUUU